AUGAAAGAGGCGUCGCCAGGUAAAAACAAGUUUUUGCGCCGGGCAAAGACGUUUACUGGAUGUUGGACUUGUAGGGCACGGAAAAUCAAGUGCGAUCUUGGUAAGCCGACAUGCCAAAGAUGUGAGAAGUCCAGUUUCCAGUGUGGCGGCUACGAUAUAAAACUACAGUGGUCCUCACCAAUUCAGUUCAAUUGUUAUGGGCAAGUAAUACCUGGAGGAAACAACCCCGCAGGUGCAGAUGAGCCCCCAUCGCAACGGCGUGAUAUAGCAUUUGUGAAAUACAAAGAGGAAUAUGAGUACUAUGAAGAUAUGGACGACGAGCUUUCUUUGCUACAUUCACCACCACUCGAACAGAUUGCUGAUGAUAGGACGUGGAUGAUCAAGAAGUUCGCCGUAUUUCGAGGCACUGAGAAAGUUAAAGUUAAACAUGUGCCACGACGCAAGAGGCGUGCCCAGCAAAAAAUCAGCCGGAGUAUGGUGCCUAUCAAAGCCGGCUCAGACCAAAAUAUUUUCAGCUUGAAUAAUUCUGACGCAAAUGCUUUGUCAGGAUCAUCCGUUGCAGAGGAAGCCGGUUCAACAAUAAGUAAUGAAACGAACUCCGAGAUACCUAGCGCUUCUGGUAUAGCCAAUCUUUUCAACUUCGACUUCUCAUCUGUGAACUUCAAGGGUCAUGAGUGGAUUUCGAAUGAACUCCGAGAUGACGCUUUACUUUCGGCUUUCGCUAUACAGGGCUUUUCAGCCGAUACCCCAACGCAUUCACAGCCAGAUAGGACACAACCGCAGGCACAAACACCCCACCGAAAUAGUCAUGAAAACCCGUUGGAUCAGUUCGAGAACUUCAACACCGACGAUGGUAAGGAUUUAUCUCAAAUUUACAAAAUUCUAUUUCACAGGCACGAAGAUCGGCCUCGAUCUAGAAGACAUACGUCGGCAAUUGAAGUCACCGACCCGAAUGCAAAAUCUUCAGUGGUUCCUCUCGGAGAUAUCAUUCUGAUUGAUUCUGCAGGCACUGAAGGCCAUAUGCCGAAAGAGGUCCUGGAAGUUGUCGAGUCCGACAUACCAGAUCCCACAAUAUUCAAUUUACCGGAUAAUAACAACCUGCUGCUACGCGUACCAACGACGAGUCUCAAAGUCAACGGUCUAACGAGGUUUUUGCUAAAUUACUAUCUGCAAAAUGUGGUUGAUCUAAUGACUGUAGUAGCCCUACAGACCAAUCCUUGGCGAACUAUUUAUUUUCCACGCGCUUUGCAGGCUAUUGGUGAUCUGGCUGGUAUAGGUUAUACGUCGCAUUCAAGGAACUCUCUUUUGAACGCAAUAUUAGCCGUUUCGUGCUUCAAUCUCCAAAGCAAAUUUCCAAAGAAUUCCCCAGAAAUGAAAUAUUAUUUGCAAUUAGGCAUCGAGUUCAGAGGGCAAGCAUCAGAGUUUCUCAAAACAUGCCUCGAGCUGAGCGUGAAACAAGAAAGGUACAAGGAUAUUCUGACAGCAAUCUUGUCGAUGAAUUCGAUUGACGUCGUUUGGGGUACCAUGGCAGAUUGUCAGUAUCACCUGAGUCUGUGUGAGGAACUGGUCGAAGCGAGAAUGAAAACGAGGCCAAAAAUUUCACAGAAGGCAAGGUCUCUGCAUCGAAUUUUCUCGUUUCUAAAAUUAAUACAGGAUAGUACGGCUCUGGACAAAGUAACCGAAAAGGAAAUUGUGCUGAAGGGCGCAGAAAACGAAGACGAUUUGUCGAGUCAUUCCAGUAACCAUGAAGAUGGUGGUGAAUUUAAGGAGUCGCUGGACAAAGUUAAUGGCAAAAUUCGCAUCGAAUACGUGCAGCAACAAGGUUCUAAUGCAAGCACGCCGAUAUUUACGAACAUUGCUAGUCAAACGUAUUACUUUCCCAAGAGCGCAACUAGCGAAAACAAUUUUCUAGAUGCACUUUACGGGCUUCCCAACUCUAUCAUUUUACUGUUCUCGGACUGCGUGAGGCUUGCUAGACAUCGGGAGUAUUACAGAAUGCACUCGUCAGAAGUGCCGGCGAGCUAUCAAGAACUGUGUACCGAGUUUGAGGGAAGGUUGCUAAGAUGGAAAUCUGAAUGGGAAUUCUACAAGCCUUACACUGAAGAGUUUGUCAACGAUACAGUGCAAGGUGUUUACCACCACACUAUGAGCUUCUACCAUAGUCUGAUCAUCUAUUAUCACACCCGUGCUCAAGACCAAGAGCACGAAACAGUUCAGUUCAACGUUCGGGAAGCGCUUGAGCAUUUGAAUAAACUUACAGAUCUCAUCCAUAACAAGGGCGUCAAGAUAGUACCGCUUAUUUGGCAAGGUUUUAUGGCUGGCUGUGCCGCUGUUAACACUAAUCUACAGAUGCAAUUCAAAGAAUGGGCUGCCAAGCUUGCGGACUCUGGUAUGGGCUCGUAUUGGGGUGCUAGACAAAUUAUGUUCGAAGUCUGGAGACGACGCCUGAACGGUGAACGCUGUGAUAAUUGGUUUGACGUCUACAAAGAUUGGGAAAUGAACUUAAUGCUAUCGUGA